AUUAAUUCUCAAACUUGCACCUAGACUUGUAUAGUACCCUUCUUGUACUCAUACACUUACAAGCCUAUUGCAACGGUACGUGAACGAGUAGGGAAGCUUCGAAAUGGCCGGUGUUAGGGCAGUCGUAGUCUUGGUUGUGCUGCUGGCAUGUACAAUUGGGUCCUUUGCCAAUGAUCCAGACAUGCUUCAAGAUGUUUGUGUUGCCGAUGCAUCAGGAAUACUAGUGAAUGGAUUUCCUUGCAAAAAUAUUAGCAUGAUAACCGCGGAAGAUUUCUUCUUCAUGGGGAUUUCUAAACCAGGCCAGAUCACCAACAAAGUCCUUGGAUCGAAAGUCACCGGGGCAAAUGUUAUGGACAUCCCUGGCCUUAACACCUUAGGAGUUUCCAUGGCUCGAGUCGACUUUGCUCCCUACGGUCUAAACCCGCCUCACAUUCAUCCCCGUGCCACUGAGAUAAUCUACGUUCUUGAGGGUGAAUUGUACGUUGCUUUCAUAACAACCAGUAACAAACUCAUUUCUAAGGUUGUUAAGGCAGGUGAAGUAUUUGUUUUCCCUAGAGGUUUGGCUCACUACCAGAAAAACAAGUCCAAAUACCCGGCUUCUGUUAUAGCUGCCUUUAACAGCCAAUUGCCAGGCACUCAACAGUUUGCAGCUGCUCUUUUUACUUCCAACCCUCCUGUGUCUAACGACGUGUUGGCUCAAACAUUUAACAUCGACGAACACAAUGUUGAGAAGAUCAAGGCUGGCCUUGCUGCCUAGAAGAGAUGUGUUUCCUUACAAUCCUUAGGGAAUUUCGCUGAAUCCAAGUUCUUAAUUAAAUACAUUCAUUCAUAACAUUGGUUGAUAAUAUUUAUAAUAAUAAUAGCAGUGAUUGUUGAAAAAUCAAUAUACUAUAUCUUCCAUUAUUGUAGAAACAGUUGUGCUUUCGUUAGUGUGUAAUAUGUUUGUAUGUGUAAUACAGCUAUUUGAGUAUCUGGUAUCAUAUACAUGUCCUUACUUUAAUUUUUUUA